AUGACUGGUCGGGCGACUGGUCGGGCGACUGGUCGAGCGACCGGUCGGAUGUCAACAUGGCCAUUCGGUAUUAGAAGGCCUCAAGGUCUAGAACGGGUUGCAGAGGAGUUGAUGGGUCGACGGAAAUGGAAGUUAUAUCAAGACGGACUGAUACCAAAGAGGAUAGAAGGGUCUGGCUCCAGCGACGAAGACGCAGCCUCCGAGCCUCCGCCCUCCAUCAAGAUCAAGACGAUCGAGGAGAUCAACGCGCCGGGGGCGGAGGCGCCCCGCAAGGAGACCAUCCUGGAGACGCUCAUCAAGAGGCCGGCGGCGCAGCCCCGGGAUAGGGACGAGCCCGCCGACUGGAGGCCCGCGGAGCGCUGCUACUUCUGUGUGGACGGGGAGGCGCCCGCCGAGGAGGACCCCGCCGCGCCCGGGCCCGCUAGUCCAGCGUCAGAAUCGGACAGCAGUUCCGUUUCCGGCGCCAAGAGUCCGGCUGGUCCGCCACUGCUGCAACAUUUACUACAGCUGCAACUACAAGGACAGAACCCGCAAGCUAUCACACAGUUGAUGGAACAGCAGGCGGUGACGGAGAUGUGUGUGCAGUUCCAGCAGAUGCUAGCUGCGUUAGCUGCGCUGGGCACGGGGCUCGUGCCGCCGCUGUCGCAGGCCUGGAUGAUGCACAAGAUGAUGGCCAGGCCGCAGGCUGACAGGGCGGAGGACAAGCCCGGGGGUUCCCCGACCACGGAACAGCCGCUGGACCUCAGCGCCAAGUCUACCUCCAGCACGAGCGGCACCCCGCCGCCGGAAAAGGUGACAGACACCAGAUUAAAGCGUCCUCCACUGGACUCUUCUAGCAACAGCACUCGUCGCACGUACACCGAGGACGAGCUGCAGUCCGCGCUAAGAGACAUUCAGUCCGGGAGGCUGGGCACGAGGCGCGCGGCUGUGGUGUACGGCAUCCCGCGCUCCACGCUCAGGAACAAGGUCAACAAGUUUGGGAUGGCGGCGGAUGCUGGCGCGGACUCCGAGCCAGACAGCGAGCCGGACAAACCUGACUCGCCUCCCUCUGUUAUACUCAAGAUACCGACCUUCCCGCCGCCCGACGAUAAGAGUCAGUCCCCGGCCGCGCCCGUCACCCCCCUCAUACCCCCUCAGCCCCCUCUCAAUCCUCCGUCACAGCUGCUCCUCUCCCCGUCAGUGUUCGCGGACCCCUCCACCCCGCGGCAUCUCUUCACGUCUCUGAACGACGUCAUCGCAAAGAGCAUCAGCCAGAAGUUCCAGCAGCCUCUGGAGCGACCCCCGCCCGCCGAGAUGCCUUACCUCCGACCGCCCGAGAGACAUGUAUCAGUGAUCAAGACGCCGCCCGACAACCAGCGGUACGCGGCGCCCGGGAACUCCAAGAACAACGGACAGCAGCCGGCCGGGGGGAAGGGGACCCGACCCAAGAGAGGCAAGUACAGGAACUACGACCGGGACAGUCUGGUGGAGGCGGUGAAGGCGGUGCAGCGGGGGGAGAUGAGCGUGCACCGCGCGGGGAGCUACUACGGGGUGCCGCACUCCACGCUCGAGUACAAGGUCAAGGAGAGGCACCUCAUGAGGCCCAGGAAGCGCGAGCCCAAGCCGCCGCCCGACGUCAAGCAGCCGCCGCCCAAGCCCGCCAAGCCGGCGACCAAGCCCUUCACGAACGGCCUCAACGGGCCCGAGCCCUACCCCGCCGGCUACCCGUUCUGGGCGGGCGGCGCGCCCUACAGACACGCGCCCGACCUGUACGCCUCGCACAUGAUGCGCCGCCUGCAGGAGGAGGCGCCGCCGCCCGCCAACGGCUCCUUCCUCGAGGGCAUCAUCCGGUCCAGCCUGGAGCGGCCCGGCGCCGCGCUGCUGCAGCGGCUGGGGGCGCCCGCCUCACCACCCGCGCCCGCGGUGGCGGGCGACGCUCUGCGCCGGCGCCCCUCGGCCGCGGACGAGCCCGCCGCGCGCCGCCCGCGCCUCGACACCGACCACCAGCUGGCGGCCGACAUGAGGGACGCGGUGCAGAGGCUGCGGGCCAGGAACGGAACCCCCACCCCGCCGCCGCCCGCCCGCCACGCCCACACUCACAUCACAGUAGUUACCUCACGCACACACACACACACACACACACACACACACACACACACACAGACACACAGACACAAGCACACCGGACCCCCCCUCCCCCCUCCUCCCGGACGUAUCCUGGACGCAGAGCUCGUUAUGUAA